AUGUGGGAGCAGCGGGUGGCUUACACACGAACGGAAAUCGUACCAGUCGACGAGUGCGAGAUAAAGGUAAUCAAGGAGACCUUUAAGGACCUCUGCCACGUCAAUGGCGGCUCGAUGCGGAUCGACAAGGAGACCUUCCUGCAAUACCUUCCGCUGCCCGGUCUUCUGGGAGAGCGUCUAUUCGCUGUGUUCGACAAGAAGUCCUCGGGGGAGAUCGACUACGAGGAGUUCGUCUGCGGGUUGGCGGUAACCUGCCGGGGGAGCUGGGAGGAGAAGGUGGAGUUCAUCUUCAACCUUUACGACAUCCACGGGCAGGGCGCCGUCAAUCGGGACGAGCUCGCCGCCCUCCUGAACCACGUGCCCAAGUCGAUCAUGCGCUUCGGACGGGCGGUUGCCCUCGACGCCACGGCAGCCGAGGAACGGGCGAGAGGGUCGGCCUUGCGACCCCGUGCGGAGGGUAGAGAGCCGCCACCCGCGGGAGUGGCGCCGGAGAGCGUGGGCGGUGAAGGCGCGGCGGCAGGUGCGGUUGUUGGCGCUGCUGCCCACGCGACCGAACUGAAGGCAGGGAGUGCUGGGGGCGAAGGGGAGAGCAGUGGCAGGAGCCGGCGCGGGACUGCUCGGUCGGACUCUUCGACGGAAGGCGGGGCUAGCUUCGCCGCCGCGCAGCACCACCCGCACUGGGAAAUCUUCACCAACAACGACAUUGUUGAUCAGGCUUUCGAAGAGUGCGACCUCAACCAAACCGGGAAGCUCAGCUUUCCCGAGUUCCGCUUGUGGGUGGAGCGUAACCCUAUCGUGACCCAGUUCCUGCAGUCUGUCUUCCCUUACGACGAGCACAGAGAGUGGGGGGACGACCGGAAGCACCUGCCUUUCAUUCACAACCGAGACAAGUUUACCGCAAGCCCGAUGCGAAGCGAGCCGAGCGUUGGAGGAGGAGCAGGAGGAGGAGACCCCGAGAGCCCCGAACAUGAGACUCGGCGCCUCCUUGUGAAGGCUCGAAACACGACCCGCAACGAGGCUUUGCGGGAAAGCAUCGACCGUCUAAUCGAACAGGUGGCGGGGUCGGCCGUGGGAGGGGGAGGGCUCCCUGCAGUUGCGUCCAUGGGGUCUAUGAACGGGACGGCUUCACCAGACGCCCAUUCUCAGCACGGCGACGGCCCUCCGGUGAACAGCGGCCGCAAGGGGGUGACGGGAAACGCGCCCAGCGUCCUGCUGAGCGAGCUGAGCCCUCGCUCGGCGAAGGUGAUGCAGAACCAGACCGUGGCGAAGCAGGGCUUCCUGUGGAAGCAGGGAUACCGCUUGAAAACCUGGUACGUGCUUGUGGGUAACUGCAUCUACUACUACCACCACGAGGCGGACGUGUACCCUAGCAAGGUCAUGUUCUUGACGGGCUCUUUCGUAGAGCCGCUGCAGGAGGUGGCCAACGAGCGUAAGGGGUAUUGGGGGAUCGAGAUCUCCCGCAACCGAGAACAGGAUGACUUCGAGAUCGGGGAAGAGCUUGGCAAGGGGAGGUUCAGCCGCGUGUGCAUGUGCGUCAACAAGCACACGCUGGAUCGCAACGCCGUGAAGAUAAUCAUGAAGGAGGACAUGAAGCAGGACGAGAAGGACCUACUGCGGGCGGAGAUCGCCAUCAUGAGGCUCGUCAACCACCCCAACAUCAUCCGCAUGGAGGCCGUCUACGAGAGCAAGAAGGACAUCUUCAUCGUCAUGCAGCUGCACUCCGGUGGCGAGUUGUUCGACCGCAUCGUGGGCCGUCCAAGGUUUACGGAAGACGAGGCGUUCACGGUGAUGUACCCCCUGGUGGAGAGCGUCGCUUACCUGCACGAGAUGGGCAUCGUGCACCGCGACCUCAAGCCGGAGAACAUUCUUUGCGGCGACCGCAUCGAGGACAUCAAGAUCGCCGACUUCGGCCUCAGCAAGAUGGUGAUGCCCGACGAGAUAAUGAAGAUGCCUUGCGGCACCCUCACCUACGUGGCGCCGGAGGUGCUGACCCUCAACGGCUAUGGGAAGGAGGCCGACAUCUGGUCCGUGGGGACCAUCAUGUACCUCCUGCUCAGGGGCCGCCUGCCUUUCGACGGGGAGACCCGAGAGGAGAUCAUCGAGAACACGAUCCACGGUGCGAUCGCAUGGCAGAACGACCCCGUAUGGGCCAACUUCUCCGAGGAUGGGAAAGACCUCGUGUUGGGCAUGCUCAACAAGGACCGGGAGAAGCGGUAUACGGCCAAGGCUAUCCUGGCACACCCGUGGAUCACGCAGCGGGAGUGUCGCAGGGAGGAGCACCCGGAGCUGUUCGAGUUCGACUUUUAGCUGACACAGAGGAACGGGAUAUUCAAUUCGUCUGUCAGUCCCCGCCCCGAUGACAUAUUUGUACCCCGCGCUGCCGGUGCGAAUGAUGGUACACGCUUAAGUUUCUGAAGGGAGUGUUUUUUUUUUUUUUACGACAACGUGGGUGUCGCCUGUGGCGAGGGUUCACGCGGUGGUAGAAAAGGGGUGGGGUCGCUGUAGGCAUUUCUGGGGUAGGCAGGGUAGGGCUAGGGGACGGGGGGCGUUUUCUCGAUCACCCGAUGUACUUGCGUUGUACUUUGUGUGCUACGGGCGAAAGCUGUGGUGCUGUAGAGCGUUGAGCGUACUUCUAUUUUUGUUGGUUCCGGGAGGGCGAGGGUGGGUGUUGUGAUCGUUUGUUUAUUGGGUUGGGGAGGGGGGGCGAGGAAACUCACCAUAUUUUGUCACACGCGUUACCAUACCAUAUGGUGUGUAUGUUUUCGUUCGUGGUUCGGCCGCGCCGUCGUGAAAUGGACGUCGACUUUUGACUGUUUGCUGCGGUCGUUGCGCAGUAGUGCUGCGCAGCAGAGAUGCUGGAUCUUGUGCAGAAAGCAUGUCCGUGGCACUUCUGUUGUGUGACGAGUUUAAUCCCGCUGCUGCUGUAUCGAAUAUCGCCGGUCAUGCUGUUAUUGUAGUUGUGUCUUGAGUAAGGAGCGGUUUCUGUUUCUGUGUAGAAGGCAGUGUUGGGACUAGAAAAAAAUGCCCAACCCGGCCUUUUCAAGCCUUACCGACUGCGUUUGUUGACGAUGGCGGCAUUUUGGUGCUCGCCUUAUAGCUGCUGCUGCGUGUGUUUGCAACCUGCUGUGCUGCUGUGUCCGUGUGUUUGCUCUUCUCCCCCUUGUCUGGGGGCAUGUGAAGGGCGUCACCGGUUUCAUGUUGAAUUGUCUUGCUGCCUUCGUGCCAGUUUGGACCAUCUGCGUAGAAUAGCGAUGUGUUGUGGUGUUGUAGUACGUGUUCCGCGUGUCCAUCUCGAGAGUUUCGUCCAUGGUAGAUACGAUCAGUAGGGAGCAGACUAGUUUUGAAAUCGCGGUUGCGGCACUCCUUUUCUUGGUGUGAAUUUUUGCCUCAUUUUCUUCUAUUUUCUGUCUUUCUUCUACAUAUCCCUGUCCUCGAGACCCCGGUGCAGCCCUUCUUCCCUGCUUGAUCGGUCGCCUUGUCGUGUGUAGUUGCUGUCUCUGUAUCCGUAUGUCUCGACAGAUAUUUUGGGCAAAUUGUGGGCGACGGAAUGGCGCUGCUACUGCUGAUGAUGCUGCUGCUGCUGUGUGGUUGGUUCUUACGCUUCGUAACCUGUUAGCCCGCGACUUUUCUUUUUUUUUCGGCUGCCGUCUAUGUCUUGCGGGAAGACUAGCCUCGCGUCGUGGUCUUGACGAAAGACGCAACGCCCCGCGGUGAUGGCAACGGUUGUAGGUAUCUAAUCUAGAUGUUUUUUUUUUUUGCUCACGCAGGCGUUUCUGGUCUCUCGGCAGAGUGAUGUUUUCCGCCCGCAGCCUAGUUUUUUUGCGUACGGUGACGGACACACGAAAAUCUACGUAGCGCACGACAGGACCGGGUGUCCUGCACUGGAGGCACACAAGCUCGAGCGAGGUAGAGUAUGUUGUUCUUGCUGAAGAGUGGUAUCAAUCACCGAGCAGCAGUCGGUCGCAAUGGCUGGAGUUGAGUUCGACGAAGGAAUGAAUUACUUGACCAAGGAGUGAAUCACUUGACCAAGGAGUGAAAUACUUGGAACAAGGAGUGAAUUUAUUGUACCCUAGGUGUCCACGGAGGCAAGAGUGAUAGUUCUGUUUGGUUGCCUCGUUUUUUCAUUUUGUCGACAGUGUUCGAGUAUCAUCAGCACCUGCUUCUCUCCAGUUCCCCCCUUAGUCCUCGGUAGUUAUGUUUGAGUGCAAUCCACCGUUGGUCCCCUCGUUGACUGUACAAUUUGCGGGUGUUGGGUGUAUAAGGGAAGUAACUUUGCUGGUGCUGUCUGACCAAGAAGGAGUGGAACAGGGGGGGGGGCGUGAGCAAUAUCUUGUCCUUCUGUUGCAUAAGAUGCCGUUUUGUCUCUUUUUUUUUGGGUGACGUGAUUUAUGUGCGUGCUUCAAUCAGCGAGUAACAAAU